AUGGAUAUGGCUAUGGACGUCGAUAUGGAUGCACCGCAUAUUUCUACGCUUCGGGAGGAGGAGAGUCCGCCGCCCCAACCUGCGCCGAGCAAGCGGGCUGGUGGAGGCGCGGGGAGGAAGCCCAAGGCUCCCAAGUUGAAGGUCACGGAGCCUCCGGGGUGGAAGCAGGCCGAGAAGAGGAAGGCAGGCGGUGCGUCGGAUGAUGAGCUUGGGGAGGACCAGCCGGAUGAAGAGGAGGACCAGCUUAUUGACGACGAUGAUACUGGGGCGCCGUCUCAGACCCUUGCUCGUUCGACAGAGUCGACACCGAAGAAGCCUGGGCCUAAGAAGAAGGCGAAGAAGGACGCUGCUGCGAUGGGUGCGGUGGCUGGGAAGAAGGCGGGCAAGGAGAAGGCGGGGGCAGCGGUGGGAGGGAAUAAUGGGCCUCCUGAUGCUCCUAAUCAAGAGGAACCUAUUGUAUUGAAGUUAUCAACUGCGGGGAAGAAGAAAACGGCUACUCCGCGCAAAUCUGCUGCUGAACGCGGCGGUGCCCCGCGGGGAAGAGGAGGAAAGGCGACAAAGCAGAGAAGUGCAAUUCCCCCUGCGCUUGCUGUUCAAGUUCAAGAGGACGCUGCUAUGAGUGAAGCAGCUUCGUCACCGGCAACAGCCCCGGUCGACCUCCCAGAAGGACACAACGAUGUAGGAACACCCGAGACUGAAACACCCAUUGCUCCCUCCUCCCCACCGACCGUCGCCCCCGCCAUACCCGACGAAACACCCAACCUCGAAGGCGUGGCCGUGCCGCAAUACCCACUCCCCACCAGACCCUUCCCUGUCCAACCGCCAGUCAAAAUAACUUCAGGCUUCGCACCACCCAUGCCACUUGACCGUACAGGCAAGAAAGUGCGCCACUGGAAAGUUGCGAAUCGGGAGAUUAGGGGUAUUGCUGGUGGACGGUGGUUCGCGAAGACGUGGGUUGGGGAGAAGGAUUCGGAGUAUGCAAAUGCGAUUGCUGCUUCGUCGGGGCUGGGUCCUCAUGAAUUCUUGGGUAAAGGAUUUGUGGGAGGUGGAGUUGGACAUCAUCAGAGGGCUGGCGCUCUGUCGGCGCCGGUUGGGAGAGGCAGAGGGAGGGGAGGCUCGAAGAGUGCGAGUGCGGUGCCGUCCAGGGCGGGGAGCGUUAUGCCGGGAGAUGGGCAUGCCGGAGCAGGGAGUGCGAGUGCGGUAGUGAGGGCACCUACGAAGAUGAGGAUUCUGCAGUUGCCCCCAUCGGAGAAUGGGGAUUCUGAUAUGGCACCUCCGGAGGUGGUGGUGGAUUCGUGAAUCCUAGAGCGAAUCUAGAUUACGCGCUGUCGGUCAUGGACGCUUUUUUUCUAUUUAUUCUCGUAGCUUGCAUAUAUAUCUAUCUGUCGUAUCUUGCUGUCGCUAUGUAUUGUACGUAUUGUAUCUUGUUGUAAUUCGUAAUCCCUGCUGUACGUCCUGCA